AUGAUGUAAUUACUUUCUUACCAUUUUUCCUUUCAAAUAAUUUCCAAAAACACCCUCAAAAAUACCCAAAUUAUAUAUAUCAACGGAACCUCCUCCAUUGGUUUCGUUUCUUUCUCUUUCACACGAAAAAAGAAAAAGGAAGAGGAACUCAUUCCCAAAUAGUUAACUAAUAUUAUGGAUUUUUCUCCCCUCAUCGUCCUCUUUUUGGACGGCGAGCGGGACCUCCUUUGAUCUAUUUUCUCCACCGCCAUCAUCAAGAACUGAAACAACAACAAAAUUUUACAAUGUCACGUGUAAUUCCUCAGCCAUUUCAAUUGUUGGAGCUAAAUGUGAUUUCCGGCCAAGACCUAGCCCAAGUGUCACGUAAGAUGCGAACCUACGCCGUUGCAUGGGUGCACCCUGAGCGCAAACUUUCUACUAGACUCGACAUUUAUAGCCAUAACAAUCCUACAUGGAAUGAUAAGUUUGUAUUCCGUGUAGACGAUGAGUUUUUGUAUCGUGAGACCUCAGCUAUAAUGGUGGAGAUUUACGCCGUCAGUUGGUUCCGCGAUAUACACGUUGGCACCGUCCGUGUUAUCGUCGGAAACCUCAUUCCUCCGGCUGAGCAUAAAAAACACCAAAAGCAUGGCGUUCAGCUCGGCAUGCGAUUCGUUGCACUUCAAGUUCGUCGCCGCUCUGGCCGCCCUCAAGGGAUUCUCAAUAUUGGUGUGGCCUUUCUUGAUGCUUCUAGGAAAAGCAUGCCACUUUAUACACAAACUGCCUCCGCCGUUGGUUAUCGCCAUAUGAUGGGAGAAAAUAAAGAUUCUCAUGCUAAUAAGGACAAGAAUAGUAAUAAAGAUGAUAAAAGCAGCAAUGGCAGCCAAAACCAGUUCUUACUUCCAUGGAUGCCAAAGCCUCAAUUAAGACGUACAAAGAGCGAUAUCUCCUCCAUGGUUGGUUCUAAUGUCAUUGUUAGCAAAACGAAAGGAAAGUCCGGUUCAAUGGUUAAUGGCGUACAAAAUGAUCAGAGAAACAAUAACAAUAACUAUAAUAUGAAAGAAUCAAGAACUGGCAAAGACGGCAAAAGCAAUAACAAGCCUGAUUCAACUGGUAAUGGGUCGGGUUAUGGUGCAUUAACAAAAGCUAAAUACGGGUCGAAGAUUUCUAAGAAUACAAAUGGAAAACCUGGUUCAAACAAUGAUACUUCUUCUUCAAAAUUUAAUGGUGGGGCGCCAUCGAUACUAACCGAAUCAGAAUUGGGGCCAUCGCCAUCGGAGGUAGUAGCAGCGAUGAUAAAAAACAAACUUCGGAUUGAAGAAAUGGAAAGCGAAAUAAUAGGUUCUUGGAGCCUAGAAAGCAGCAUGGAAGGUCUCCACUCUAAAUUGGAAAGGUGGCAAAUAGAGGCAUCAUCUGUGUAUGAUCAUAGUGACAUAUCUAGUUUGAUCAGGAGCAGUGUCGUUAGCGGUGGCUCAGGUCCGUACAUGCAUCAUCGAAGGCAUAGCGAGGGCGAUGGUGGAGUAUUUUCAUGUUUCGGAUCUGUAUGUGGUGUCCAGUGCUCCAUUGUUUGUGGCAGAUCCUCCGCAAAGAAAAGAAACAGGUCGGGGAAAAGACGAAAUCCCUCAGUGGAUGGUUUGAGUUUUCUUUGACUUGACCCGGAUUAUGUCAGGAGUUUAUUACUAUACGCCUUUUUUGCUAAAGUGCACUGGUUGAAAGCUUUUGGACGAGAAAAAAUUGGGCGCACGUUAACACCGGGGUGGAUGAUAGGGAGUUGGUAUGGUUAGAGCCCAUAUCUUCUUUCUUUAUUAUUUUUUUUUCAUUUUUUAUUCGUAUAUACACUUACUAUGCUAUUUUUUGGUGUACUUUUUUUUUUUUUGGUCUAUAUUUGCUUCUCAUAAAAGAUGUUUCGAUUAUUAGAUAAGAAAAAAAAUUUUGAUUGAUUACUA